AACACAGCGUGUUGCUAACACUUCAACAUAGACCAUGGGUCCACUUCCUGCAGCUGCUGCUGCUGCAGCCACGCCUGCUGUCCGCACCUUUCCCCAGUACAAAUACGCUGCGGGAGUCUGCAACCCCCAGCAACAUCUUAAUGCACAACCGCAAGUUACCAUGCAACAGCCUGCUGUUCAAGUGCAAGGUCAAGAACCUUUAACUGCUUCCAUGUUGGCAUCUGCCCCUCCUCAAGAGCAAAAGCAAAUGUUGGGUGAACGGUUGUUCCCUCUUAUUCAAGCCAUGCACCCCACUCUGGUUGGUAAAAUCACGGGCAUGCUGUUGGAGAUUGAUAACUCAGAACUACUUCACAUGCUUGAGUCUCCCGAGUCUCUCCGCUCAAAAGUUGAUGAAGCUGUAGCUGUACUACAAGCCCACCAAGCAAAAGAGGCUGCCCAGAAGGCAGUGAACAGUGCCGCUGGAGUUCCAUCUGUUUAAAUUUAUCAGGGACCACGAAAAGAAACUCGUGCUUCACCGAAGGAAAAAAUAUCUAAAAAUCGAAAAAUUUAAAUAUUAUGAAAAAACAUUGCAAAAUAUAAAAUAAAUAAAAAAAGGAAAGGAAACUUUGAACCUUAUGUACCGAGCAAAUGCCAGGUCUAGCAAACAAUGCUAGUCCUAGAUUACUUGAUUUAAAACAACAAAAA